AAAACAUAUGGUCAGCAUCCAAUGUCGAAAACUUAGAGCUAUUUAUUUUGGGGAUUUAUUUACCGCUACACAUACCUAGGUUCCUGCCUGGAGGAUUUGGUGAUCCUCUGCUACUAGACUCGGAAGCCUGUUAAGCGGAAGCUUCUUCUAUUCCGUCCACAACCACUUGAACCUUCAUUGACGGGUAAUGCCACUGUGUAAUUUAGGCGGGACUAUAAUUUCUGAACAAAACAAUUAGAUUUAGGUAAGUCUUGGAUUUUAGCACGAAAUCCAUUCAUUUGUGCGUAUAAAUAGCAUUCUGGCAUCAUAGCUAACGUUAGUUCGUGAUGAAAACCCUCCCCUAAAUUUGGGGAAAUUACCAACUUACCCAUUGGUGGGGGUUUUCCUCAGAAUUGGGAGCCUGGUCUAACUCCUAUCCCUAACUUUAGUAUCCAACUCUAAAACGCUAAUCUAAUUCCCCACAUAAAUUUAGAACCAUCUGUUUUGUCCCUAGUAGAAAGGUAGAUUUUUGGAAAAUCCGUUUGGCAUCUCUCAUAAACCAUCCAUAAUUAUGGAUGAUUUAAAUAAUCGUUAACUGUAAUUAUUGAUAGCUUAUAACUUGUAGCGUGUUAACUACUGAGUAAGAACCUUUCAUUAUAUAAUGAAAUAAAACAAAUAAAAAUGAGAUUUGUUUAGAAUUUUGACAUAAUUCAUUGACUUUUUAUCUUAACAAUUCUUUAAGUCUCAAGACGAGAAAAACAAACUUAGGUAUUCAUUUAUAUACCUACAAUAUGUUCUUCGUUCGGUCUUAACUGUUAAACAUAGCCUACUACAGUUUCCUACAACUAAUUUUCUAAAACGCUGUUUACCUUUUAAGUGGCUGAUAUCUAAGUAAAAUUUGACAAGAUCACUUUUAUAGUCACUUGACAUCGAUGGUUCAGUAUAGUUCUCUUGGUCAUUAAACCCAGAACAUUGAUUACUUCGACAUAAGUCAUGAGAUCACAACAUACACCAUUUUGAGUCGAGUAGUAUAAAAUAUGACAAAAAUAGUGUGCUUUUGUAUAUCUUUCAUUGUUUAACCCUUGGUUAUAUCUGGAUUAAAUUUACAUAAACUGUGUGUAUAAAAUAAGCCUUUGCAACCUAUCUCCUGUGAAAUUACUUAAUAACGACAAACAUCAUAGCCUUCAUUUCGAUUCAUCGUUUAGGUUUUCAUUUCCGUUUCAUUUAUUUCUUCAAUAUCUUUGGCAUAUUGUACAACUGUUUGUUCGACCGUGUUUUCCCUGCAUUAGCCUCAACGUAACCCUUCCACUUUACGAAAGUAGAUACGUACGUAUAUAACGUUACUCAAGGAACAAGACCUAGAUAUACUAAAAUCAGAUUAACUGGAUCGAAACACUAAUUUAUGGGUUUUGUUUAUCCUAAUGAUUGGUCAGGUUUUUAGGCAACUUUGAUUUAGUUGCACGACUAGGACCAAAAUGUUACAACUGACAAGUGUAAGUAAUUAAUUUUGUAGUUUCUAGGUCAGCUACAUAUUCCUGUUUGUCAGCUCUAAUAUUUUCUUCACUCACUUGUUUCCUUCUGUAUAUUCGACCUGUACUCUAGCCGUUUCUGUUCUUGUUCAGCUGUUGUUGACUGUUGUUUUUUGUUUUUCUUGUGUUGAAUCCUGUCCAGAUUAUGAAUUAAAAAUCAUGCUGUUAACGGGUGCUUCAUGAGCCCCGGCACUUGGUAUGUUGAGGUUAUUUCCUUUUUCCUUCUCAAUUAUUGUCCAUAUGGGUUUCUCUUCGUAGUAUAUCUUGAAAGAUUUGGAAACUAUUGCUGAAAGCUAUUCCUAAUUCGCUUGAUUUACUGGUAUCUCGAAGGACUGUUUAAUUGAGUUUUUGCUGAGUUGCUUGUCCGAUUGUCCUAUGCUUCAUUAACUUCGAUUUCAGCUUGAUCACCACCAAGUGUAAACCUGAAUUCAUAUUAGCUCCUCCCUUUUCCCUACGUCUUCCAUGGACCUUCCGAAUUUUCUGUUGAUCCAGAUGCGAUCGAUCAGUUUCUCCGUAGCGUGGUCUCGUGAAGCUUUGUGUGUACGUUUUGGAGGGAAAAUUGUACAAACCAUAAUCAUUUUGUUGAAAGCACAUAGACUUACUAGCCUCUCAGCAACCUUGCUCCUUUCUCCCAGUCCAUGUCGUCCCAUAAUAUCAUAUCUGAUGUUGUCCAUUUCAACUGGCAUUUUUAGAGUUUCCAUCAGGAUGGUUUGAUCUUUUCCAGGGCAGUUCCCUAUAAUGAACUGCUCCCUCUUAUAAAACUAAUUUUAACGUCCUCUUUGUUAUCAUUGAUGAACACAUGUCAUAAAAUGACAUUAAUUUUAAUCCCUUCGUAUGUUUUCAAGGAUCCUUUAAUGACCUAGAAUCCAUGAGAUUCCUAUCUUAUAAGUGUUUCUCGUAGUUCUUUGGACAGCAUCACUGCAACUCGUUGCAUGUGUUAGCAGUUUUCCUCUCCAUGAACAGAAUGCAACAGCACCUCUUUCAAAGCUAAUAUUUUCUGUCCAGCUUGGGUCCAGUCGGCUUCAAUUAUUCCAAGCACCACCAUGGUUGUAUCUUAUCAUUUUCGCCGCUAUUUGAAUGGCCCUUGCGGUCUCCCACAUUGUGCGGACAACCUGUGCGUCUAUUUUUUAUUCGUUGCUUUAAUUAUUAGAAGGGACAUCAGCCUCGUGACUUCCGAAAAAUCUCGGCUUUGACCAUGAGACGUCAUAAAUAUUCUAUAUGAAAACCCUCCGACUAUCACUGGAGAUUUUUAAUGGUCUAAAUGCUUCUUUUUGUUAGGUGCUUUUUAGUAAGGUUCUCUUCUACGGGGUAGGGUUUGCAACCCGGACCAGCAACAGCACUAAAAGGGGUCAACGUGGAAUUGAUUUGUGUACUUGCUUCUUGAUAAUCUUCCCCCGUUGUAGUUAAAUUGGUCCUUUGUUUACGAAACCAUUGUCCUCUCAUUCAUUACCUUCUUAGUUCAUUUAGAAUAUGACUUAAUCAGUGUAAAAUUAAACCUUUCAGAAUCAUUGUUAAUCUGGUUUUGUUGUUCAUAUAAACUUUCAUCUGCCUGCGUCUUGUGAUCUCAGUUCAGGUCAACAGUUCACUUCAACGAUACAGUUAUAACACAUAACCCUUAAGUCUUUGUUCUAAUAUUAGUUAUCUUCGUGGUUAACAAAAUGUUCUAUAUUCAUAUACUUUUUUGUUUUGUUUGAAAAUGGGUUAUUAAGUUUUGUGUGGUAAUUUUCAGUCGGCCUGGCAACUUUUUCCUACGUGAAGAAAAUAUCCUAGUUGAGAUUCGUGUUGCUAAGUAGCUGUGUGAGUGGUAGGUAUGUGAUAAGGUCAGUUGACGUUCAAUGAAACGAAAAAUGGCUGUAUAAGAAUGAUGCAUGUUGGCUCGUCACGAUUCCUUAAGUGGGUCCCUAAAGACUAUAACUUAGUAGCCACAUAUUUCGUCAUUGAUCAAAAUAGAAGCCAGAAACAAUCAUGUAGUUUCCUGUUUCAUUCUUCUCGAACAUAAGAUCGAUAUUGUUAACUGGAGAAAAUCUGUUUUUGUAUGAUGUUUAUCUUUUGUCAAAUGCCAAGUUGUUUAUUUAUUUUGUAACCCCUCUUCUUUUUUUUCAAUACUACUAUCCCAUCUUGUGUACCACAAUCUUUUAGUGUCCUACUGUACAAAAAAGUGUUGUGUUUUGUCAACUUAUGGUUGAGGGGUCAUGGUGUAUUUAUGUAUUAGAUCAAUGACACAGUUAACGCCCUUGGCUUUCCAUCACUGGACGUUAUGUCUGUUUGAACAGAAUUCAUUCGUUUCUUGCUCACAAUAUCUACACAUAUAUGUGUAGAUAUACACAGAAUGAAUAAAUCCAAUAAUAAUGAAUACGAUGAGUUGACAAAACGUAUAGGUUUUACAUCAAUGAUGGAACUUAUCUGUAUUUGUUUAUUUCCAUUAAUAUUACAAUGUUUACGAUCACUGGAUUAUUACGAACAUUAUUAAUUCAAAUGUCAAAUUAUCAUCAGAAUAUUGUAGAAUAUGGUGUCCAUUGGAACUUUUUUUAUACUAUUGCAUUGAUACGUGCCAUAUCACUCGUUGUGACCACUGAAAAUACUAUCAGUAGUUAUUUGAUAACAUUUUCACUGAAAAAACAAAUUCUGUUCUAUUACGUUGUAUCCUCUAUAUUCUUAAUAUUCUCUGAAUUUUUGCCAAUAAUAAUUUGUCCAGAGUAUUUUCAAACAAGAUGGCAGUUUAAUUCAAGAACACUACACUAUAUAAAUGAUAAUCGAUCAAAAUCUUUAUGGAUUGCUAAUUUUGAAGGUGUCACCUCCUUAUUUGGUUAUGCAUCAAUUUACUUCUUCAAUUUGAGUUCAUCACUUAUAUUUCGAUCUUAUUUGUCAACAGACACCAAUAAUGACAGUAAUAAUGGAGUAAGUUCACUGAACAAGAAGGAAUUUCCGCGUAAUAUUCCGUUAUUCAGAUUACAUUUAAUCUGUGCUUUCAUGAUCCUAUGCUCAAUAAGUUGUUUCCACUCACUAGGUGGUAGUCAAAUGACAUCCAGACGUUUUGGAAAUUCUAACUAUGUAUUACUCAUUAUAUUUCUCUCAGCCAUCUGCUUUCUUUUUCUCUCUUCGAUGAUUUCAUUACUGAUACACUUUAAAUCACUUUUCAACCUAAAUUUAAGCUAUUCUCCAUUAUCCUUGAUAAUUAAUGAUAAAGGCUUGUUAUAUUUCAUCAUUUCGAAUUUAUUGACUGGUUUCUUCAAUGUGUUUUGUUUGAAUACUCUACAUUUGUUGCCUGAACGGGCAAAGUUAAAUGUUAUCACGGGUACGUAUGAUGAUUUGAGUUGGGCUUCGUCAUUGUUACAAUUUUUAGUGCUCUUAACCUAUUCGAGUUUAUCAGUUAUUUUUGUUUUAAUUGGUUCCUAUUACGAUUGUCUUAAAUUUCUUACUUGUAGUGUGUUUGGUAUUUUUAAAUAAAUGAUUGGUGUGAAUCAACGGUUCUUCUAAAUACAUUCCUUAAGUAAUCGACGGCUAUACCUAAAAACUUCUGCACACAAGUUUGCAUUCGAUUUUAGGCAAUUUAUAGACAUUUUAAGUUGACCUAAUUUAUUUUCGACUGACAUUCAUACUUAGACCUGUUCAGUUAUUGCAUCUAUAAGUUGUUGAUGGUUUUCCUGAUGCCUCUUUUUCAGAAACCAAUCAUAUUAUGAAUGAAGACAGAAGUGCCUAUCAACGACAUUGGUCUAGAUUAAAUGAAAACUUCUUUAGGCUUAAUAGAACAUUAGUUAUAAUAUUUCGUUUUCUCAGCCGGAUUGUAAGAUGAUUGACUUUAAGCCCUAAGAUGCUAUAGACUCAGGAAUGAUAAUCAACUGCUUACUAACCAUGAAUAUGCCUAAUGAGGUGGAUCAAAUGGUAUUUAUAGACUAGUCAAAACUGUGUAGCACAGUUUUAAUUGUUCUCCAGAAGGUGUAACUAGCACAAUUCACUUACUUUACUGGGUGUCUAUCGUCAUACAAAUUAACACAGUAUUUUCUUCAUGCUCAGAUCUUUAGAGUAAACAUUAAUUUCUUCUAGAUACAUUUCGUAAUAGGUGUCAAAUGUGCAUGUAACUUGAGUCAAAUAAAAUUGCGAUAGAUUGUCUACAACUAAUUCCCACUUAAUAGUUGGUAUAUUGUAUUUUUGGUAUUUAUCAAAAUAAGGUUAUGGUUUCCACUACGAACUGAAAUCAGCUAUAAUGCAAGGAUCUUAAAUUGUAUCCUAAGUCAUAGUAUAUUGAACCAUUGACCCACCCUUCCCGUCUCUUGAUUAACUAGAGCGAUUAAGAUCCCAGCAUGGUUCGGUGAUGUUCAUCUUUACAACUUUGUACAAUAUAAAGAUGCUAAUUGCACCAAGUUAUUCCAUUUUACUAAUAGCAAAACGAAGAUAAUGUUAGAAGCUAAUAUAAUUAGGUAGUGCAUUCAGUCAUAAACAACAUGGGACAAGUUUGCAGUAAACUAAACUCUGAUAAUAUCACCACAUUGGAGGGGGGCUGUCUUAUAGUUCAUAUAAUUUUACCAGUGAUAUCAAGAACUAUAUGUAGAUAACAUAGCAAUAAAAAGACGAAUGUAGUGUAAUAAUAAGAUUUGAAGUGAUGAGAGAUUUUAGAACCUCUAGGUUCUCUAACACAACCGAGUAGAUUGGGAUGCGUUACGUAUAACUUUCCCAUAUCCUAAUGUAGAUUUUGCUGCUCGGUUUACUCACGAGAAUUUUUAAGAAUAGGUUUUUAUCAAGUCGGAUGAUUUCAUUUACUGUUGAAGUGAUUUCCAUCACGAGAUGAUAUUGGUCCGGGGGCUAGAUAAUCAAAUGGGAAUCGUGCGUACCAUAGGUUUACUAAAGUUUAAAAUAUGAACCCCUGGAUCUUGACUCUGGACUGAAGGUGUUGUCAAACUUCACCAAUAAACUUACUGAUCUUCAUUUUGAUAUCAUAUAAAGCUUGUGAGUGUUUACUGCUAAGUAGUCAGAAAAUAUGUAAUGGUCUUCCGGUGUUCCCUAAGCUUUUAUUAGUAUUACAACUGAUCUCAUUUCGUUGUUCAAUAUCAUCUACAGAAGUGGGUUGAUUUGACGUUGCUUUCUUCACCCGAUAAAACGUGAACAUUUAAUUAUUAACUAGUGGUUUCCGUAAUAUUUGUACUGCUCUUUCCAAAACUGACUUUUCAUAGCUAACAAAAUCAAUCGAAGAGCCUUUCUUCCAAGUUUAGUUUCAUGAGAAGAUUAAAUUAUCGGGUAGUUUUUAUCAUUAGUGAAGUGAAUAAAUGAAUCCCUUACAUUCAGAGUUAGGGGCAGUUAAGCUUUGUAGUCGUAUAAUUCGUCCCAACAACUAAGAUAUACGCUCGAAAACAAAAUAUGGGAUUCGCUAAACAUAAGUUUAGUGAAAUAAAUUAAACUUCUCAGAUUGAUAUCAUGAGUCAGUUGGAGCUAGACCACCAUGAAAAACCUAGACGGCCGUUUCGUCCUAGUGUGGGACUCCUCAGCAGUGUUC